ACCUGGACAGCAACAUCACGACUGUCCACGUCUCUCUGACAGGCGACCUCGCUGCUCCAGCCCUCUUGGGGCUCCCACUGGCAGCCCACCUCCCUCCACCGGGUCGCCUCAUCGCCUCUCAUGUGGAAGACGCACACAGUGCAGCAGUGCUCAACCUGAAAUGAAGGCAUUUUGUACUUUAACAUGCGCUACUGAGAUGAUGUGAUCCACGUGGAGCUAACACCAUCAGCACAGAGAGGAGUCGGAACUGUCCUGGCUGCAGUCGUCAUGACAACAGAAAUGGUAGUCAUGGUAACAGUAGGAGUCUCCUCUCCUCCGGUCCAAAGUGAGAGCAGUUGCGUCGCGUGAUGUAUUCUGGCUACUUCCUGUUGCACAGUUAGUGGACUCUUCCAGCAACUCCUCUUCUUCCACCGGGACUAAGUCUGUGGACCUGAUGAAGAUGAAGGCGAGCAGUGCAGAGAAGGAGGAAGAGGAGGCGGACAGGAGGAAGAAGAAUAGGGGGAGGCCGCUCAGACUCCUGAUGCCUGUCCUCAGCGUGUUGGGAAUGUCUUCUCUGGACGAGCCGGGCCGAGUGCAGAGGGACAAAGUCUCGAAGGGGGAGCUCAGCCCCACCAGGAGCUUCUUCCAUCGGGCUAGCCGACCAAGCAGUCCCCGCUCGGCGCCGCCCGCCAGCUCCACCUCCAGGACGAGUCCCACCUCAGCUAAGAGCAGCUUCCCUUUCCAGGCUGCGGAGUCUCCGCCCAAACCUCCUCGCAGACUGAGCUUUAGUGGGAUCUUCAAGUCGACCUCAAGGGAAUCGAACCAGCAAAUGUCUUCGUCCCCCAUCAGCAUGAAACUCUUCUCACGCAGCAAGAGGAGCAAGGCUAGAGCCUACACCCUGUCCUCCCCACCUGCCCCUGCCCAAUCUCCCCCUGCCUUCCAACUGGAGAAUUACCUGACGGAGCCGAAGCGUCCGGAGACCAGGAGGCUGCGUUCCUUCUCCUCACCCCCCGACACUGGGCAACACUUCUCUUGUCGGCUGCCAUCACCUCUUCCGGUUUCACCAGCACCGCAGGUGGAGGCUGGGGGGGAGUCUGAGCGGCGCCCCCUGGACAAUGGCGUGUGUGCCGACUCAGAGAGAGACAUCUACAUGCGCUUCAUGAAGUGUCACAAGUGUUACGACAUCAUCCCCACCAGCUCCAAACUGGUGGUCUUUGACACCACGCUACAGGUGAAGAAAGCGUUCUUUGCUUUGGUCGCUAAUGGCGUGCGUGCUGCUCCUUUGUGGGAAACUAAGAAGCAAAGUUUUGUUGGAAUGUUGACUAUCACAGACUUCAUCAACAUCCUGACCAGAUACUACAAGUCACCCAUGGUUCAGAUUUAUGAGCUAGAAGAACACAAGAUCGAGACCUGGAGAGAACUUUACCUGCAGGAGACCUUCAAGCCUCUGGUCCACAUCUCACCUGAUGCCAGUAUUUUCGAGGCGGUGUCGUCGUUGAUUCGCAACAAGAUCCAUCGUCUUCCCGUCAUCGACCCUCUGAGUGGCAACGCACUCUACAUCCUGACCCACAAGAGGAUCCUCAAGUUCCUGCAGCUCUUUGUGUGUGAGAUGCCCAUGCCCGGCUUCAUGAAGAAGACGCUGGAGGAACUUCAUGUGGGAACAUACGACAACAUCGCUUUCAUCCACCCGGACACGCCUCUCAUCACCGCCCUCUCCGUUUUCACGCACCGCCGCGUCUCCGCCUUACCCGUAGUCAAUCACCAUGGCCAAGUGGUGGACAUCUACUCCAAGUUUGACGUGAUUAACCUGGCGGCAGAGAAGACGUACAACGACCUGGAUGUGACCGUCACGCAGGCUCUGCGGCACAGGUCGCAGUACUUUGAAGGUGUCAUGAAGUGCAACAAAGUGGAGACCCUGGAGACCAUAGUGGACCGCAUCGUGAAAGCUGAGGUUCACAGGCUGGUCGUCGUCGAUGAAGAGUCCCGGAUCGUCGGCAUCGUCUCGUUAUCAGACAUCCUUCAAGCGCUCAUCCUAUCACCUGCUGGUGUGCUCAGGAACGAGGAUGCGUUUCCGUCUCACGCUGCUUUGGACUCUGCAUGUGACAAGCGACAGGACCAGGAUCAAGACAAUCGUGCUGACUGCCAGCAGGGGGAGACAGAGCGGGAGGAGGAGAUGAUUGAAGGAGAAGGAGUCCAGGAAGUAAAUGGGGACGAGGUGACAGAAGAGGGAGGCGGCAAUGGAAACCAGGAGGAGGAGGAGAAAGAAGUUAGGGAGGAGGUGGAGGAGACAGAAGAUGUUAGAAAAGAGGGGGUGACAGAAGAAGUCGAGGAAGAGGAGGAGACAGAAGAUGUUAGGAAAGAGGUGGUGACAGAAGAAGUUGAGGAGGAGGAGACAGAAGAUGUUAGGAAAGAGGGGGUGACAGAAGAAGUUGAGGAGGAGGAGACAGAAGAUGUUAGGAAAGAGGGGGUGACAGAAGAAGUCGAGGAGGAGGAAAAGACAGAAGAUGUUAGGAAAGAGGGGGUGACAGAAAAAGUUGAGGAGGAGAAGACAGAAGAUGUUAGGAAAGAGGGGGUGACAGAAAAAGUUGAGGAGGAGGAGACAGGAGGAGGAAGUGAGGAGGUAACAGAAGAAGGGGAAGGUAAAAGUGAGGAGUUGACUGAGGCAGGAGAUGCUGGGAGUGGGGAGAAGGUAGCAGAGGGAGAAGAGGAAGUGAUGGAAGAGCAGAAAGGGGAAGGAGGAGGGGACGAUUUUACAGGGGAGGUGACUCAAGGAGGAGAAGAAGGAAGGGAGGAGGAGACUGAAGAUGGAGGGAUGAGUGAGGAGGUGAACAAGAGACAAGGUCAAGAGAGGGAGGAAGAAAGAGAGGAAUUGACAGAAGAAGGGGACACGCAGGAGGAAGUGAAGGACGCAGGAGAAGAAGAGAAGGAGAAGGAGGUCGUCCCAGAAGGUGGAGAAGGUAAAGGAGAGGAGGAGACGGAGCAAGAGGUGGAGUUGUGACAUCAUCAGUUGAGGUGAGCUGUGAGUGACAGACGGUCGACCCGCCCUCUAGCAAUGUUGUCAACAUGGCAGCUGGUUGAAAACAACACAGCACAGCAGCUAAUUUGUCCCAUACAUAUAUAUUUCUAUAUAUUUUAAUAUAUAAAUAAUGUGACACUAUCAGGAUGUUAGCAGCUUGAAGUCAGUGAUGAUCAUGUGAUGUUUUAAUCAUAUUCACCUUGUAAUAGUAAUAUUUUAAUCGCUGUUCAACAGCAAAAGUUGUAAUGUACGUACAUCGACACAUUCACCC